UCUUUAACAAAGCCAUGGCCGAAGCUCUACGUUUUCUUUUCUUUACUUAUUUGAUCUCUAUUGCAACUGCUAGAAAUGCUUUGAAAAAAUCUUCAUACUCAACAUUAGAUGCAACUAUAUUAGGUCAUGGUGACGCCACCCUAACUGGGUCUAAUUUCAGUUUUGUUUGCAACCCUUCAAGGUAUUCUAGCCUGGGGUUGGACAUGUCAAAUUUUGCUUUUUGUGACUCGUCCCUCUCCUAUCAUGUAAGGGCUAAGGAUUUGGUGAACCACAUGACACUGCAUGAAAAGGUGCAGCAGCUUGGAGAUCGUGCUUAUGGGGUGCCUAGGUUGGGGCUACCUGAAUACGAAUGGUGGUCUGAGGCCCUCCAUGGUGUGUCCAAUGUUGGCCCAGGAACUUUUUUUGAUGAUCUUGUUCCUGGUGCAACUAGCUUUCCCACAGUGAUACUAACAACAGCAUCUUUUAACGAUUCUUUGUGGAAAAACAUUGGUCAGGUUGUUUCAACAGAAGCAAGGGCAAUGUACAACUUAGGUCGGGCUGGUUUAACAUAUUGGAGUCCAACUAUUAAUGUUGUAAGAGAUCCUCGAUGGGGAAGAACCAUUGAAACACCAGGAGAAGAUCCUUUCAUUGUUGGCAGUUACGCUUCUAAUUACGUGAGAGGCUUGCAGGAUGUUGAGGGGACUGAGAAUUACACAGAUUUGAACUCUAGACCUCUCAAAGUUUCCUCCUGUUGUAAGCAUUUUGCUGCCUAUGAUGUUGACAAUUGGCAAGGAAUUGAGCGCUACAGCUUCGAUGCUAGAGUGACAGAACAAGAUAUGGUAGAGACUUUCCUUCGACCUUUUGAGAUGUGCGUCAAAGAUGGUGAUGUAAGCAGUAUCAUGUGCUCUUACAAUCGCGUUAAUGGUGUACCUACAUGUGCUGAUCCAAAACUUCUUAACCAAACUAUCAGAGGAGAUUGGAAUCUUCAUGGAUAUAUAGUUGCAGACUGUGAUUCUAUUCAGGUUAUGGUUGAUGACCAUAAAUAUCUUUCUGACACAAAAGAGGAUGCAGUUGCACAGACACUUAAAGCAGGCUUGGAUUUGGACUGUGGCAUUUACUACACCAAUUACACUGAAAGCUCAGUGCAACAAGGGAAGGCAAGGGAGGAAGACAUAGACAGGUCACUGACAUAUCUUUAUGUGGUUCUCAUGAGGCUAGGCUUCUUCGAUGGAAGCCCUCAAUUCCAAUCUCUUGGCAAGGCUGAUGUGUGUUCAAAGGAACACAUUGAAUUAGCUACUCAAGCAGCAAGAGAGGGAAUCGUCCUCCUCAAGAACGAUGAUGAAACUUUGCCUUUGAGCUCUAAUAACAUAAAUUCCCUGGCUGUAGUCGGACCUCAUGCUAAUGCUACAAAGGCUAUGCUUGGAAAUUAUGCAGGUGUUCCGUGCAGAAUUGUUGCUCCUAUUGAUGGCUUUUCAAUAUAUGCAAAUGUGAGUUAUGAAAUUGGCUGUGAUGUGGCUUGUAAGAAUCAGAGUUUGAUAUUCCCAGCUACGAAAGCUGCAAAGGAAGCUGAUGCCACUGUAAUAGUAGCAGGCAUAGACUUGUCAGUUGAGGCUGAGAGCUUGGACAGGGAAGAUCUCCUCCUUCCUGGUUACCAAACUGAGUUGAUCAACCAGGUUGCCAAAGUUGCCAAAGGUCCGGUGAUUCUCGUAAUCAUGUCAGCAGGAGGUAUAGAUAUCUCUUUUGCUAAGGACAACACUAAUAUUAAAGCCAUUCUGUGGGCUGGAUACCCUGGAGAGGAAGGUGGCCGCGCAAUUGCAGAUGUAGUUUUCGGCAAAUACAAUCCUGGAGGAAAAUUACCACUUACCUGGCAUGAAGCUGAUUAUGUUGAUCAGCUGCCCAUGACAUCUUUGCAGCUGAGACCAGAUGACAAGUUAGGAUACCCAGGCCGAACAUAUAAAUUCUUCAAUGGUUCCACUGUUUACCCAUUUGGCUAUGGACUUAGCUACACCAAGUUCAUGUACAAUUUAACAUCUUCAUUAUCGUCCGUUCCAAUAAAACUGAACAGGUUUCAGCACUGCCAUCAUUUAAGUUACGAUAAGGACACCUUUAUGCCUUCAUGCCCAUCAGUUCGAACAGAACAUUUAUCCUGUGAUGAUCAUUUAACGUUCGAAGUUGAAGUACAAAAUGUAGGUUCCAGGGAUGGAAGUGAAGUUAUCAUGGUCUACGCCAAGCCUCCAAAAGGAAUCGUGGGGGCUCCUAUUAAGCAGGUGAUUGGUUUCAAGAGGGUGUUCAUUCAAGCAGGAAGCAGCGAGUUGGUCAAGUUUAAGUUUAAUCUGUGCAAAAGCUUGCGUCUAAUAGACUAUAAUGCAUAUUCUGUUCUGCCUUCAGGAGGGCACACCAUUGUGAUUGGGGAUGAUAUACUUUCUUUUCCCCUUCAAAUCACAUUUAGUUGAGUUUCAGAUUUAGUUGAGUUAGCUCCAUUUUUUUUCCAAUGGGAAUAAAAAAUAUUAUCAUGUGAGUUACUGGUAUUGUUAAUUAA